UCUACAUUAAAAAGAAUUUAUAAUGUUUAGAAAGAAAUAAUAAAUCUAAAUAAUAGAAUUGAGGGCAGAACCUUUAAAGGAAAUUUAGUUACAAUUAACUGAAGAAUUAUAUGAGUCAAAGUUUAUUUUUAAUAUUAAUGUAUAUAAUUGGAUUAGAUUGAUAGAGAAUGUAAUGGAAAUUAAAGAGGGAAGUGACUGGGGAUGCUUAAAAGGUAUAAGAAAUCAAUUCAAAAAUUUCAAUACUUAAAGAAUAAAGUAAGUCUCAAAUAAAGGAGGAUUUAUCAAAGUUAACUUAAGAUGUUAUGAAUUUAGAAUAAUAAAAAGUGAAUUAAAUAAAGACUAUUAGAAAUUUGGUUGAUGAGAAGGAAUUAGCAGAAAAGAAAUAAAAGGAGAUGAAAAAAUUGUUUUUAUAAUCAUAAAUUCGUAAUGAGUAAUUAAAAAAAAUGAUUUUAGAAGAGGAAGAUCGUUUUAAGAAUUUGAUAUUGAAUUGA